GCAAGGCCCCAUGGCCUCAGGGACCCAGCAGGGCACAGAGGCAGCCAGUGGCCCUGCCGCCUGCUACAGGGAGCUGAGCCGGUUCCCUGCCGUCACUCGCGCUGCCCUUGGGGCCACCCUGGGGGCACAGUCCUUCUUGCUCCACACCGAGUGCAGCCGCCCCGACCCCCCGCGCCGCCGGCUCCUGCGCUUCAGCCGCCACUACAGCCUGCGGUGCACGGGCAAUGGCGGCCUCGCCGUCAGCCGGGCAGCGCUCAGCGCCGAGAUCCACAACCAGCUCCUCAGCCAGGACUCGCCCACGGGGCAGCACCGCGUGGUGCUCAGCCGCUGCCCACGGCAGUGCCACGAGCUGCUGGAGGUGUGGGGCAGCAGUGGGCGCAGCCACAGCGUAGACCUCACGGCACUGGGGAAGCAUGGGGAGGUCUACACAGAGGGGCCCUUCGCCUGCCUGGCCUGGUCCCACUCAGAGAUGCGGCUGCUCUACGUGGCUGAGAAGAGCCGCCCCAAACCACGGCCCCCCAGCCCCUGGGAUGUGCCAGGAGCAACCAGGAUGGCGGAGGAGAGCGAGGAUGAGGAGGGUGAGCAGUUCCUGUACCAUGAGGACUGGGGGGAAGCUCUGAGCACCCGCAGCGUGCCCGUCCUCUGUGUCCUGGACCUGGAGAGCUGCAGCGUCUCAGUGCUGGAGGGCAUCCCGGCGCACCUCUCUCCUGGCCAGGCCCUGUGGUCCCCAGAUGACUGCGGUGUGGUGUUUGUGGGCUGGUGGCAUGAGCCCUUCCGCCUGGGGCUGAGAGCCUGCUCCAACAGGAGGUCAGGGAUUUUCCACUUGGACCUGGCCAGCGGGCGCUGUGAGCUGCUGUCGGCCGAGCACGGUGCCACCUGCUGCCCCCGGCUCAGCCCUGAUGGCCGCCGCCUGCUCUACCUGGAGGGGGGCCUGGGGGGGCCCCACCGGCAGUGCCUGCGGCUGCGCAUGGUGAGCAGGGCCCCGUGGGUGCCGGGCACAGCUGUGCUGCCGCUGUGGGACCCAGCCGACUGUCUCACCUGGCAGACGAGGCAGACGGUGACGGUGCUGGACGUGGUGCAGGAGCCCACAGAGGCCUUUGCUGGGUUGUACGGGGAAGCCCUGCCGCCACGGUGCUGGGCGGCCGACAGCCGGCGAGCCGUGCUGGGCACUCCGCAGCGCAGCCGCACGGACCUGCUGCUCGUGGACACGGAGGCAGCCACCGUCACCAACCUGACGGCAGGGUCACCUGAAGGGUGCUGGGAGCUGCUCACUCUCCAGUGGGACGUGCUGGUGGCCACCUGCUCAGCCCCACACCGACCCCCCAGCCUGGUGGUGGGGCUGCUGCCACCGGCGGGCCAGGAGCUGCCUCUCCGCUGGGUGCUGGUGGAGGAUGCCCCAACAGUGCCUGGUGUCACCUGGAAGACCCUGACAGUCCAUCCACCCUGCAGGGAGCAGUGUUCCGCCGCAGAUGGUACCCAGGCCUUCGAGGCCCUGCUGCUGAGCCCUCCGGACGGCACAGCCCCGCAUCCUCUCGUCGUGUGUCCCCACGGUGGCCCCCACACUGUCUUCGACGCCCGCUGGCGCCCGGGCAUGGCUGCACUGUGCCGGCUGGGCUUUGCCGUGCUGCUGGUGAACUACCGUGGCUCCCUGGGCUUCGGCCAGGCUGGCAUCAGCUCCUUGCUGUCCCGUGUGGGUGAGCAGGAUGUGGCAGACACCCAGCUGGCAGUGGAGCAGGCGCUGGGCAGCGAGCCCCUGGACCCCCACCGCCUGGCCCUGCUGGCUGGCUCCCACGGAGCCUUCAUCGCCCUCCACCUCCUCACCCGCGAGCCUGAGCGCUACCGAGCCUGUGUCCUGCGCAGCCCCGUCUGCAACCUGCCUGCGCUGCUCGGCACCUCCGACAUCCCGGACUGGCGCUACAUCUCCCUGGGGCUGCCCUACACCUUCGAGCGGGUGCCCCGUGCCGAGGACGUGGCCACCAUGCUGCUGCGCUCGCCCAUCGCCCAGGCACACCGGGUGCAGACACCGGUGCUGCUGUGUGUGGGGGCCCGAGACCGGCGCGUCAGCCCGACGCAGGCGCUGGAGCUGUACCGGGUGCUGCGGGCCAGGGGGGUGCCGGCGCGGCUGCUGUGGUACCCGGAGGGCGGCCAUGCACUGGCUGGCGUGGAGACAGAGGCCGAUGUGUUUGGGAACUGUGCCCGCUGGCUCCUCCAGCACCUGGGGCCGCCCCGGCGGGAUGAGACGGGCCGGCACAGCCCUUAACUCCCACCCUGGCCCUGCAGCUGUGCCGUCCCUGGGGUGGCCACUGGCCCUGAGCACCACAGCAGGACCAGAGGCGGAUGGAGCUGGGGAGA